AUGGACGGCGAAAGCACUAUUGACGUCGACGCCGGAGCGGACAAUUCCAGAGAUAUCGUGACGAUCCCGUUACUGCUGACGUUCGACGAACCGGAAACGGUGGAGCCAUUGAUCGUGGAUAACGACCUAUCGGAAAACGAAACGGAACCCGGACCACAGCAGGAGCCGGUCGAGGUGUCGGCAAUGCCGUCGGCGGAUAUGGCUGUCAGCACUGCAGUGACUGCCGUUCGACUGGGUUCAGGGGCGGACGACAAUCCUUCUACGGCGACGGCGGCGGACAACGCCGAAGCCGAGAACAUGGACAUGCGCGGCCGCCGCAUCCGAAGCGAUAGCCGAGGCAGACGCAGCCGAAGCCGUCGCAGCCGAAGCCGUCGCAGCCGUAGCCGGAGCAGCCGUAGCCGGAACCGCCGGAGCCGGAGCCGGAGCCGCCGUGGCCGGAGUCGUCGCGUUCGAAGCCCAGCAAGCGACGACAGCGGCGAUCUGACCUUCGUCGUAGAGGUCGGCGAAGACGAGGUCUCCACCGAAAUGGAGGCCGGUGGCAGCCGUGGUGGCAGUCGUGGUGGCAGUAGUGGUGGCCGGAAGGUGGCCCGCGGCGGUGGUCGCAAGACCGCGAAGACGGCGCACAAUGGUCGUCGCGUCGGGAAGACGGCGGUGGCCCGCGGUGGUCGCGUCGAAAAGAACCAGGCGGCUCGCGGUGGCCGGAAGUCGGCCAAGCGUAGUCGCAGAGGUCGGAAAACCACCGAAAGUAUGCCAAGGCAGACGUUGUGGACGGGCCGCCUGCGUUCCCGCAACACUCAUCGGCAAAAGAAAUCGCAGCCAAAAUAA